AUGUUUGGAGGACAAUCUUCAGGAUUCGGUGGGUUUGGUAGCACUACCGGGAAUGCCAAUUCUCCCUUUGGUGCUGCUCAAAACAACACUACAACCACUACAUCACCAUUUGGUGGUACAGGAACUACUGCCAAUACUGGUGGUAUUUUUGGAAAUACUAAUCAAACAUCAUCAGCAUUUGGUUCUUCUACUGGAGGAGCCUUUGGAUCUUCCGCAUCUCAACCUUUUGGUUCUACUGGAGCUAGUACCGGUAGUAAUUUAUUUGGUAGUUCCAACACACAAACUACUUCACCAUUUGGUGCUAACACCAAUACUGGGUUUGGAGCCACUGGUGCAAACACCGGAACAUCUGCAUUUGGUUCAUCGGGUACUGGAACAGGAUUGUUCGGUACUAAUAAACCAGCCACUACUGGAUUUGGGGGAUUUGGGGCAUCUCCUGCACAAAACACCACGUCAUCAUCUCCAUUUGGAUUAGGUAGUGGCGCUACGUCUAGUUUUGGCAUGAGUGGAGCCUCUAGUGAUCCUAAUGUCAACAACGGUACUGGCGUUAAACCAUUCACCCCAUUUAGUGAAAAGGACUCUACUGGUACUUUAAAUGUUUUUCAAAAUGUUUGUUCCAUGCCAGAAUAUAGAAACUUCUCAUUCGAGGAAUUAAGAAUGAAAGAUUAUGAGCAAGGACGUCGUUAUGGAACUGGUGCUGCAAAUGGGCCAACCGGUUCAUUUGGAACCACUGGUUCUUCUACAGGUGCAGGAUUUGGAUUUGGUGGGCAAACAAACACAGGAACUGGGUUUGGUGGUUCUGCAACAACCACAUCUCCAUUUGGUGCAUCUACAGGAACCAGUGGAUUUGGAGGAAGUUCUGCAUUUGGCGCUAAUAAACCAGCAACUACAUCUCCAUUUGGAAGCACAGCCACUGGGUUUGGUCAAUCACAACAAACUACAUCUCCGUUUGGUAGACCAGCUACUUCAGGCGGGUUUGGUGCUUCAAAUAAUGCAUUUGGAUCAACUGGGACCUCAGCAUUUGGGGCUAAUAAACCUUCUGGGUUUGGAACAUCUUCUAAUGCAUUUGGAACCGGAAGUACAUUAGGUGGUGGUUCUACCACCACUGGUGGUGGGUUAUUUGGAUCUUCCACUACUCAACCUAGCAAUGCCUUUGGUCAACCUUCAAACACGUUAAACUCUGGAUUUGGUGCAUCUGGUUCUGGUACAUUUGGUGCUUCCAACACCAACACUGGAUUUGGUGCAUCCAACUCAACGCCUUUUGGACAAAACACAAAUACCCAAUCAGGAGGAGGAUUAUUUGGAGGUUCAAACACUAAUGCAUUUGGAACUUCCAAUACGAACACUGGAGGAAUGUUUGGCCAACAGCAGCAAAAUACCGGGUUUGGUGCUAAUAAACCGGCAACUGGUGGUAUGUUUGGACAAUCUAACACAAACACUGGUGGCGGUGGAUUGUUUGGACAACCUCAACAACAGCAACAAUCCGGAGGAAUGUUUGGACAAAGUAAUACCAAUACUGGUGGUGGCCUAUUUGGAGCUAAACCUGCUGGUACGACUACAACUGGCGGAGGAUUGUUUGGUCAAAGUAACACUAAUACCAGUGGUGGAUUAUUUGGAGGUGCUCAGCAACAAAAUAAUGCUACUGGUGGUGGUCUUUUUGGAGGUGCUCAACAAUCAACUAAUACUGGUGGUGGUCUUUUCGGAGCCAAGCCAGCAGGUACUGCUACUACAGGUGGAUUAUUUGGCCAACCACAACAACAGCAACAACAGCAACAAACUCAACCUGGUGGAUUAUUUGGUGCCAAACCUGCAGCUACUACUACAGGAGGUGGAUUGUUUGGUGGUGCUUCUACAACAGGUACUGGUACUACCGGAACUACUGGUGGUUUGUUUGGUGGCGCUUCUACAAAUACAGGUGCUACUGGCACUACUGGUGGCUUGUUUGGUGCUAAACCGGCCGGCACCACGGGAGGAUUGUUCGGCAAUACAGGAACUGCCCAGCAAUCUGGUGGGUUUGGUACUACUAGCGCUACUACAGGUGGAUUAUUCGGUAGUAAUACUGGAGCCAAUAGUACAGGAACUGCCGCUACUGGUGGGUUGUUCGGUGCUAAGCCAGCAGGUACAACUACAACAGGUGGUGGAUUGUUUGGUGGAUCCAGCAGCAAUAGUGUACUUCAAACAAGUCAGCAGUCAUUAGCUAAUAUCAACUCUCAAAACCCAUAUGGAAACAAUCCACUUUUUCAAAGCAUUACUGGAUCAGCUCCACAACAACCAGGUGUUGUACCACAAGCUAUUGUUGUGAAGUCCCCAACCGCCACUAAAAAAGCCGUUACAUUAAGCAGUGGGAAACUUACUCCAUUAUUUAAGGUUAGUUCAUUACCUACCAAGGUCCCAGUGGAAGCUUCCCAAGAGUCACUUUUCAAGAAUCAUACCGAUAGCAUUUUCUCAUCUUCUACCGACCAAGCAAUCAUUUCCUCAGACAUUUUCAAACCAAAGGAAAGUUUCAAAAAAUUGGUGUUGGAUAAGUCUACCCCAAGCACAAGAUUCCUUACUUAUAAUCCAGAAGAAACUGGACCAACCCGUCGAGCUACUUUUGUAUUAGACAAGAAGGAGCAAUCAGAAGAAAAAUUAAUAGACGGUGAAAUUAAACAAUCUACACCUGAAGCUGAUGUUAAACAAGUGAAUAUCAAUGGUGCUGUUACAGCAAUAACUCCUACAGUGAUGCCUGCUGGUGAAGAUGUGGUUGAUGAAAAUGGAUAUUGGAUGUCGCCUUCAUUGGCAACAUUAAAGAAGAAAUCCUUGCCUGAGUUACGAGCCGUUUCCAAUUUCAAAGUUGGUAGAAAGAAUUAUGGUAAGAUUGAAUAUAUCAGCCCUGUUGAUUUGACUUCAUUGGCUAAUUUGGAAGAUAUUCCUGGUAGGAUUGUUGUAUUUGCAUCUAGAUCAUGUGUGGUUUAUCCUGAUGAUAACAAGCCUAAACCAGGAGAAGGAUUGAACUUGCCGUGUAAGAUCACAUUAGAAGGAUGUUAUCCUAUCAAUAAAGCGGACAAUUUACCAAUUGUUGAUCCAAAAGCAGAGAUUGUCAAGGUUCAUAUUGAGAAAUUAAAGAACAUUCCUGAAGUGGAAUUCAAGAGUUAUGAUCCACCAACUGGUAACUGGACCUUUGUUGCUAAAACAGUGGAUUAG